AUGCGGCAGCUGGAUAGACUUCCUGCAGAGCUGUAUAGUGCAAUUAUCAGUCACCUACCAGCAGACACGUUCCAACAAGAUGUCCUUGCCCUGACAAGAGCGAUACCCAAAUCGCCUGUGCCUAUCUAUCAUUUAUUCGAACGCAUACACCUCAAGCAUGCCCAGCAGAUCGUACAAUUGUAUAGUCGCUUGCGCAAUGCCAAUAACGAGAGAAACUGGGUCAAGGACUUUGGUAUCGUGACUUGGACUGUCGAUGCCGAUGUCCUCGUCAAUUUACUGGGAAUCCUCCCUCGAAUAUCUUCUCUCCUUCUCUUCGUGGGACCCAACUUUGCUCCAGAGCAUCUUGAGGAGAUGUUUCAUAAGCCAAGGGAAGACCUGCGCUUCCUCUCUUUACGUUUCCGCCCCUACGUCCAGAAAGCCACAUAUUUUCAAUUUCUCAAGGGAGCUUAUUUCGAUACUACCUUGACUGCACUUUCCCGUUGGCCUUCCUACAAGUUACCAGCCCUAUCUAUCGUCCAGGAUCCUCCCGAACCAUUGAUAUCGCAUUUCGCACAACCGCUCGUCUUCUUUCGACUCGAGCCAAUAUCUGUCCUAUUGUGCUCAAAAUAUGUCAGCUCAUUGAUCCACCUGCGUCUCCGUAUACCAUCUCGUCAAGUAUCCCGAUUUAUCAGCAGCAUCCCGUCCUCUGUCCCUGCAUUACGCCUUCUUGACCUGUCCACAUGUAAUAUUCUUGCCUCGGAUAUGGAGGGGAUACUGAUUCGAUUUCAUGGUCUGCAACAUCUGAUUCUUGAUGGAUGCAGCGUUGCGCGAGACCAAUCGCAGGCGACGGAAUGGAAUAACAUUGGAAAGAUAUGUGCGACUGCAACUGUCAGGCGAGCAAAAGCACGGGAAAAGGUGUUGAAAACUUGGUUACAGCACAAUGCAGCCACUACUACUACACUAGCAGGCAUGCCACAGCCCGCAGCAAGACGUAUUAGACCAGGUCGGCGUGGUCUCGCCACGGCUACUAUCUCGCUCAGGGAAGAACCUACCGCGUCAGAGCCAGACAUUAUCCACAUACCUGCUGGAAUAGUUAUUCCUAAGGUACGCAUCGUUCCAUCACCACCGGUGCUACUCUCCCUGUGCACGUCAGCAUCCUUUAUCACCGAUAUUCAACAUCAGACCAUUCGCGAGGAGUUUGAGAAGGGCUGGGAUGAAGGGCUGGUACAACUCACAGCCGUUAAGUCUAGGCUUUACGGAUCUUGGAAAAAUGGCAUACAGAUGAUGCGCAUUACCGCCGAUGCCAGCGGUGGCGGAUAUGAUGGUCUGGAAUUUAUAGAGGGCGAUAACGCAUUCUACUCCGAACAGGAUGGCAACGCGAGUCUGGCCCCGCCUGUAUUGUGCCUUGCAGGAUCAGGCACUUCAGGAAAGCACGUAGAGGGUUGCGGUCAUAAUAUUGCUUGGAAUGUCUGGAAUGAUACAAUCUAG